CCCCUGCUCCUCCGAACCUUGACGGCUGUGAAGAUAUAAGGCGCAACGCGUCCCACCGACGAGCAAGUACAUCCGGCCGGCUUUUCAAUUUACGCUGAAGAACCGAGCAUCAGUGACGAUGGACAUGGCCUCCUCUCGGCACGUCCUUCUUCGGCUGCUGGUCUCGGCUCUCGUUCUUGCACUCUUUGUUCUUCCUGCACAGGCUGACGUCAAGAGAUACCAAUUCGACAUCGUGAUGAGCAACGUGAGCAGGCUGUGCCAUGAGAAAACCAUGGUGACGGUCAACGGGAGCUACCCGGGGCCGACCAUCUAUGCGCGCGAAGGGGACCGGGUCAUCGUCAACGUCACCAACCACGUGAAGUACAACAUGACGAUCCACUGGCACGGCCUGAAGCAGCGGCGGAACGGGUGGGCGGACGGGCCGGCGUACGUGACGCAGUGCCCGAUCCAGAGCGGCGCGAGCUACGCCUACGACUUCAACGUCACCGGCCAGCGCGGCACGCUGUGGUGGCACGCGCACAUCGCCUGGCUGCGCGCCACCGUCCACGGCGCCAUCGUCAUCCUCCCCGAUCGCGGCGUCCCCUACCCGUUCCCCAAGCCCGACGCCGAGGCCGAGAUCAUUCUGGGCGAGUGGUGGCACGCCGACGUGGAGGCCGUGGAGAAGCAGGGGCGCACGCUUGGCAUGGCUCCCAACACGUCCGACGCGCACACCAUCAACGGCAAACCCGGCCCGCUCUCCCCGUGCUCCGAGAAACAUACGUACGCGUUGCAGGUGCAAUGGGGGAAGACGUACCUCCUCCGGAUCAUCAACGCCGCAGUGAAUGACGAGCUCUUCUUCUCGAUCGCCGGCCACACCAUGAUGGUGGUCGAGAUCGACGCGACCUACACCAAGCCAUUCGUGUCGUCCACCAUCCAGCUCUCCCCGGGCCAGACCACCAACGUGCUCGUCCGGGCGGACCAGAGGCCCGGCCGGUACUUCAUGGCCGUCAAGCCCUUCAACGACGUGCAGGUCCCCGUCGACAACAAGACCGCCACCGCCAUCCUCCAGUACGCCGGGGUCCCGACCUCCGUCAUCCCGGCGCUGCCCCAGCUGAUGCCCGCCACGAAUAGCACGGGCUACGUCACCGCGUUUCACGACAGGCUCCGGAGCCUGAACUCGGCGCGAUACCCGGCGGACGUGCCGCGCACCGUGGACCGGCACCUGCUGUACACCAUCGGGCUCAACAUCGACCCCUGCGAGACGUGCCUGAACGGGUCCCGCCUCGCGGCGUCGCUGAACAACAUCACGUUCGUGAUGCCGCGGGUGGCGCUGCUACAAGCGCACUACGGCGGCGCGAGGGGCGUCUUCACCGCCGACUUCCCCGACAGACCGCCGGCGCGGUUCAACUAUACGGGCGUGCCGCUCACGGCCGGCCUCGGGACCUCGCUUGGCACGAGGCUGAGCAAGAUCGCGUACAACUCCACCGUGGAGCUGGUGCUGCAGGACACCAACCUGCUGUCCGUGGAGUCGCACCCGUUCCACCUCCACGGCCACAACUUCUUCGUCGUCGGGAGGGGCGUCGGCAACUUCGACCCGUCCAAGGACCCUGCCAAAUACAACCUCGUCGACCCACCGGAGCGGAACACCGUCGGCGUGCCCGCCGGCGGGUGGACCGCGAUCCGGUUCAGAGCAGACAAUCCAGGCGUUUGGUUCUUGCACUGCCAUCUGGAGGUGCACACCAGCUGGGGCCUGAAGAUGGCAUUCCUGAUGGAGGACGGGAACGGCCCUGGUGAGUCGGUUUUGCCGCCGCCAAAGGAUUUGCCCAAGUGCUGAAGGCCGAAGACGGCGGCAACGACGCAAUUGCCUUACAAGUUGCAAGUACUGACGUUUGUGUUCUUCUGUUCUGAUUUGUAAAGACUCCUCUGCGACAAGUUUGCAGUAGGGGAUGUGUGUAUUACAGCCAUACAGUUGUGUGCGACCGCUCCUUUUCUGCUGCUAAAACUCUGCUGCAAAAAGAUUUGCCGGAGUGGUUGAUAUUUGAUAAUU